AUGGGUUCUUUGAAGGGAAAGGUCAUUGCCAUUACCGGUGCGGCAGGAGGCAUAGGAUCGGUGACUGCGGAUUUACUCGCUUCCAGGGGCGCCAGCCUUGCGUUGGCCGACAUGGACGAACGCGCAUUGGAUGACACAGCCAAAGCAAUUCGCGACAAGCACAAAGUCGGAGUCAUGACCACAAAAUUGGACGUCACAGACUCCAAACAGGUCGACGACUGGAUCACAACCACUGUCAAGCACUUCGGAAAGAAGCUCUCUGGCGGCGUCAACCUCGCGGGGACAGUCGGGAAAGAAAUCGGACUGAAGGCAGCCCAUGAGGUCUCGGAUGCGGAUUUCGACUUGGUCAUGGCAAUCAAUGUCCGAGGUGUCAUGGCUUGCCAGCGAGCUCAAUUGAACAAUAUCGAGGAUGGUGGAUCUAUUGUCAACGCCGCCAGUGUCGCUGGGAAGAUAGGAAUCCCUCACUUGCUGGCUUACGGUGCUAGCAAGCAUGCUGUUAUCGGACUGACUAGGACGGCUGCCACGGAAAACGGCCAUCGGAACGUGAGAGUGAACGCUGUGGCUCCUGGGAGCAUUGAUACCAAGAUGCUUGGUAUAGCUCGAGAUGCCAAUAUUCCAGGUAGCGAGAAGGCCUUGGCUCCAAUCAAUCGGCUUGGGAAGCCGGAAGAAGUUGCAGCCUUGAUUGCAUUCCUGCUGAGUGACGAGGCUACGUACACGACGGGGGCAGUCUACACAAUUGACGGUGGCAUGACUCCAUAG